AUGACAUUACGUAAAUCAAAUGCUUUUUUAUCAUUAGCAAAUAGUUACUUAAUAGAUAGUCCUCAACCAACAUCAAUAAAUUAUUGAUGAAAUGUUGGAAGUUUACUAGGAUUAUGUUUAAUCAUACAAAUAGCCUCGGGUCUUUUCUUAGCUAUGCAUUAUAGUUCAAAUAUUGAAUUAGCUUUCGAUAGUGUAGAACAUAUAAUGCGUGAUGUUAAUGCUGGUUGAUUAAUCAGAUAUAUACAUGCUAAUGGUGCAUCAUUCUUCUUUAUAUGUUUAUAUUUACACAUUGGUAAAGCAUUAUAUUAUGGUAGUUAUCGUACACCAAGAAUAAUGGUUUGAACAAUAGGUGUAAUUAUAUUUAUAUUAACAAUAGCUACAGGAUUUAUGGGUUAUUGUUUAGUUUAUGGACAAAUGUCUCAUUGAGGAGCAACAGUAAUUACUAAUUUAUUAAGUGCUAUACCAUUUAUUGGUAAUGAUAUUGUACCGUUCUUACAAUUGAUGAGCGGCUAUUCUGUAAGUAAUCCUACAAUACAAAGAUUCUUUGCUAUUCACUUCUUAUUACCAUUUAUAUUAGCUGCAUUAGUUAUAAUGCAUUUAAUGGCAUUACAUGUACAUGGAUCAUCUAAUCCAGUUGGUAUAUCAGGUAAUAUGGAUAGAAUACCAUUCCAUGGUUAUUUUGUCUUUAAAGACCUUAUAACUGUUUUUGUAUUUAUUUUAAUAUUUAGCUUAUUUAUAUUCUUUUCACCAAAUACAUUAGGUCAUAGUGAUAAUUAUAUACCUGGAAACCCUAUGGUGACUCCUGCCUCAAUUGUGCCUGAAUGAUACCUACUACCAUUCUAUGCAAUAUUGAGAUCAAUACCGGAUAAAUUAGGUGGAGUUAUAGCUAUGUUUGCAGCAUUAUUAAUAUUAUUAAUAUUACCAAUAACUGAUAGAUCAGUUAUAAGAGGUAAUACAUUUAAAGUAUUAUCAAAAUUUGCAUUUUAUUUAUUUGUAUUUAAUUUCUUAUUAUUAACUAAUUUAGGACAAUUACAUGUAGAAGUACCUUAUAUAGAAUUAGGACAAUAUGCAACAGCAUUUUACUUUAGCUACUAUAUUAUUAUUGUACCAUUUAUAUCAACAAUAGAAAAUAUAUUAUUUUAUAUUGGUACAAAUUCUAAUAAUUAA